CUUUCCUUGAUACCUUCACACAUUUGUUGACGAGUUCGGAAUUCGUCCGUGAUUGAUGAUACGUUCUAUAAGAAGUAAAAUCACUUUACUGCUUGAAUCGCAAGUUUAUCAAUUUAUCAAAAAUUUGUAUUAUAUCUGUAUAAGUAUUACUUUGUAUUGAAGUUGAAAACUGCAGCCUAAACUAUCCGCUAGUUGAUCUGGUGAGGCACAAGGAGUAGACUGCAACUACUAUGCCGCAGAACGAACACAUAGAACUCUUUCAAAAGCGUCAUGGCAAGCGCUUUGACCACGAUGAAGUCCAAAGAAAAAAGGCUGCACGGCAGCCUAAGAAGGAGGCCAAGAUGGCUCAGAAGCUGCUGGGAAUCAAGGCCAAGUUGUUUGCAGAGAAGCGUAGGAAGGAAAAGAUUCAGAUGAAGAAAGCCAUCAAGGCACACCAAGAGAAGCUUGCCAAAAAGAAGAAGCCUGAAGAAGUCCCUGAAGGCGCUGUACCGUCAUACUUGCUGGAUCGUGAGGGACAAAGUAGGGCAAAAGUUCUCUCAAAUAUGGUCAAGCAGAAAAGGAAAGAGAAGGCAGGAAAAUGGACGGUACCUCUCCCUAAAGUUCGCGCCCAGUCGGAUGCUGAAGUUUUCAGAGAACUCAAGUCGGGCAAGAGGCAGAAGAAGAGCUGGAAACGUUUAGUAACUAAAGUUACAUUCGUAGGAGACAAUUUCACCAGAAAGCCCCCUAAGUACGAACGUUUUAUUAGGCCAAUGGGGCUCAGGUUCAACAAGGCACAUGUCACACAUCCCGAGCUGAAAGCCACAUUCUGUCUACCCAUCAUAGGUGUUAAGAAAAACCCCAACUCAGUGAUGUACACAACUCUUGGCGUCAUCACUAAAGGAACCAUUAUUGAAGUUAAUAUUAGUGAAUUAGGUCUUGUCACGCAAACAGGAAAAGUCGUUUGGGGCAAAUAUGCCCAGGUUACAAAUAACCCGGAAAAUGAUGGAUGUAUAAACGCCUUGUUGCUUGUAUAAAUUAUAUCUCUAACGUAAAUCAGUUGCUGGAUGUAAUGAAAAACCUUUCAUGUGAUUAAAUUUUGAAAUGAGUCAAUUUUGCUAGAUACCUUCGUAUUUUGUAUAAUGAUAUUCAGUUUGUUCUCGAACUAACAUCCUUAAGACGAGAUAAUCAUUUGUUGGGUAUAAAUGAUGACUUUUUUUUACGCCUUUCUCAGCAGGAUAUGAUGUAAAGGCAUUUCAGGAAUAAAGCACGGCAAAUCUACGUUGAUUGGCCCUACUAUAUCUCGCGUUCUGCUUCAUGAAAGCUGACCUUUCAAGUUAAAGCCUUUAAAUACUGUAUCAGCAAGUCAAACUUUCGAGUAUCAUUUCUAUUCACCAGUGACAGAGGCCCGCGAGAAUUGAGUAUAUACUGGUCAGGUGCUUGCUCAGGAAAUGUAACCGGUCCUAAAAACAGUUUUUACUAACAAUUGACCAAUGAAGCCCAUAUUCAAGUAUUUUUAUUUUUGAAGAGUUGAUUAGAUUGAUAAAAAUUCUUUCAAAUCGAGCUAUGUAGCCGAAUUGAUAGGAAUAUAACCAACACAUGGCUGCAUCCUCAUAAGGUUUAUAAUACAUUUGCUAGAUAAAA